GAAGAUCUCAAUGAGGAGGCAGGGGCAGAAUGGCUCACGUCGACGUUCCCCUAGUCCUCUCUCCCCUCGAUGGGUUCGUCGGGGGCGGUCACCGCCGCCCAGAUCACCGCCGCCCAGAUCACCGCCGCCCAGACGGAGAGCAUCUCGCUCACCGCCGCCCAGAUCACCGCCGCCCAGACGGAGAGCAUCUCGCUCACCGCCUCGGUUCACGAGCAGAUCACGCUCAGGCAGACGGAGAUCAAGAUCACGAUCACCGACACCAUACGGACGAGGUAUGGACAGCUGUCAUGUCCACACAGACAGACAGACCAGGAACGUUCUUUUCUUGUUGUUUCUGCGCUGCUCGUGUGUGCGUCAGACCGUUCUCCCGCUCGAGAGAGGGAGCGCCGCAGGCUGCCAGUGGACAAGCCCAUCGAUGUGCCCUGGCUGGCCGAGAUUCGUGACGAACACGCUGAUCGGUUCACUGUGCUGUCGGUGCCAUGGGACUGUCUGAGGAAUAUCGAGGGUAUGCUGGAGAGGCCCAGCAGAGGGGUGCAGGCAUUCUGUGUGGAUCCGAAGGUCCCGCUGCAGGUGAGGAGGUGGAGAUGGAUGAGGCCCGGGGGGGCGCAACAAUUGCGUGACUUGUGUUCGUUGCUUCCUUGUGUCAGCCUGGAUCCAAGUUCCACGCGGAAGGCGCGCCUGGCCAAGUUGUCCUCUUUGCCAUAUUCGGGCAGAGGUAAGCAAGCCAUUCAUUCCACCGUGGCAUCCGCCACAGCCAUGGCCGCCCCGGCUCCCCGUCUGUGCAUGUGUGUUGAUGCAGUUUUGCGCGUCAGCUGUUCGCCCUGGAGGUGAUGAGACAGGUGGAGAAAGUCCGGUGCGGCACCUACCCCCAGUACUCCGUCCCAUACCGGCCUGUCGACAAACUGCCCGAUCUCGACAGAGAGGAGGGCAUCAUCGAGGCAGAGCAGGACGACAGCAGCAUCGCGCCACAGCAGUGCUUCGUCGGCAGUGACUAUGUGGGCAACCUGCUCAAAGCGGCUAAGGUGUUCCAGGACGUUACCAACUGCGCCAUCGUGGUGCUGGGGGACUCGGCCAGCAGCGUGGUCAUACUUGGUGUGUGCACCCUGGUGCACACCGACCAUUGAUUGCUGAGUGUAUGUGUGUGCGUGUGUGUGUGUGUGUGUGUGUUCGGCAGGGACUCCAAUAUCACGGGCAUGGUGCAUCAAGCUCCUGUGGGCCAAUUGCAGGACGUUUAAGAGGGCAUCGAAGGAUGAUGACACCAGUUUUCCGUCCAUCAGAAGCGGCGAUCUGAGAGACAGGUACAGAGCUGUGCAUGGCCUCCAUCGAUCAGGCAGCAUCUGUGUGUGUCUGUGUGCCUGCCUUGCUUGCAGACGGUGUGUGCUCCGGCAGGGCCGUGCAGUGUUCGUCGUAUCGGACCACAGGGAUGUCGAUCCGGACGAGAUAUUGGAGCACCUGAAAAGGAACAGGGCUGCACUGGUGUUUCGCUGGGACAACAAAGAAGGGUCGGCCACUCAGAUAGACAGACAGGCAGGCAGAGAGACAGACAUCCAGACAGGCCGACAGGCAGACGAAAUGAAGGAGGGCGGCAAGGACUGGCGGCCGACCUCCGUUUUAUGAAUGUUCUGUCCUAUUAGGUUGCCCCUGCUUGAAGAGGGUCGUCAGGUCCGUGUUGUGCUGGGCUGUAGGCCGUCCGACGCUGUCAACAUGGCGCGUCACUUGUUGGACGCACUACCCAACGCGAGAGCCUUCCUCCUGCCGCCGAACCGGUGAGUUGCGCACAUACGUUGUCUUAACUCGACAUCCAUCCAUCUGGUUUUGUUCCUCAGCGAUGAUCUCCACUUUGAGCCCACGAAUGACCUGGUCCCCCGCCCACCAACACAAGCUCCCCCCGGCCCCGCCCCCGCCCGGUCCCCUGCAGCAGAUCACCAGCCCCCGGUGGCCCGUCCGGCUAACCACCCUGACGCCCCCAAGGCGUCUUUCACCCAUUCGCCCAUCACACCGGCCGCUGCCUCUGCUCCCCCUAUUGCGCCCCAGCACCACCACCGCCCCUCCGGUCCCGGCCCUCCAAGCGCCCGCUCGCGUGACUCAGAGCAUCCCCGCGAAGCCAAGUCCAGCAAUGGCGCAUACUUCGAGGGCUUCUUCGGCGACUCGCGCGAGGAUGGGAAGGUCAAAGAGGAGAACGACGAUGAGUACUUCGGCAACUCGCCCGAGGAUGGGAAGGUCAAAGAGGAGAACGACGAUGAGUUCUGGGCCCGUGCAAGACAGGCGCCCAAAUCAGAAGCCGCCAGCAUGGGCGAGGAAGGGCAAGAGGGGGAUGGAGACGAGCAGAUGGACAGCGGGGAGGGUGACGAUGGCCGAGUGGCGUGGGAUGCGAUGACGGUCGACGACCUGCACUUCAUUCUGUCGAGCCACCCGUGCCUAGAGGUCAACAAGGUGGCUGACGCUCUCACCACGGGCAAAGUAAGGGGGACAGACCGAGGAGAGAGAGAGAGGGAUGACACACUGGCUGGAUGUCUGUGUCUAUUUGUCUAUCAACAGACAAGCAAGGAGGGCUCAUCGUCUUCGGCAUCAAGCGGCAGUCUCUUAUCCUCUUCUGACUGCAGCGGCUACACGCCCCAACAUCUCCUCGACGAUCUCGCCGGCCCCCUCCCUCUCGCACUCCACCUGCGCCCCGCAGCCGACAUGCGACACGCGCUUCUUCCCGUCACGCGCGUGGGCCCCAUGAUUACCAUCUAUUUGACGCUGAGGCAGGUCCGUCGGCUGGCGGAGACGAGGGGCGGUGUCAGCCACGGCGACAUUGCGGAGGUGCUCGAGAGCAGCCGGGAGGGCGAUGAUUGUCACAAUCCUCUGGCUGCGGAGGAUGUGUUGGCUGUGGGCGAGCUGUAUGACAUGCUCAAGACGGGCCAGGGGCUGGAGCCACUCGCGGAGCGACUCAAACAGGUGGGUGGCAGAUCACAGGCAGCGUCCAUCUAGCGAGGUGAUGCAUUUGUGUGUGUGUUUCUCGUGUGUAUGUUGUCAGGAGAGGUUCACGAGUGUGUCGCUGGCUCACGUGUUGGACUCGCGCCUGCAGCCGGAUGAGCAGAGGUGGCUGCGGUCGCUCUUCCGGAUCGACCCAUCGCGACCCAAUGCUGAGCUGGCGGAGCCUCUGAUGCUGAGCAAGGACGUCUGGAGGCUGCUCUCCUUCCUAUACGACGGCGGGGGAGACUGACUGCUGUUGAUGGGAUGGCUUGCAAGAGGGAAAAUAGCCGUUGCAUGUCAGCGUCGAUAGCGCGGUGCGCCAAAUGCAUUUUUGCGUGUUGAUUUAUCGCAUUCAUGACGUCGUAGGUUAGGUGCGUACAUGUAUGUAUUUGUCAUCAGAAAGAAACAAGGACAGAGUAGGUUAGGCUCAAUGGCUGGCUGUAUGAGUGACUUCACGUCAUGACUCUUGUGUGGCAUUUCAUCGAUUAGAUUAGUGGUGACGGCAAUCAGCUUCCAGAUCUCAGAGGCAAUAUAAUAUUCGCAACAUCUCGAUAUCUCUCACACGCACAGGGUACACGGC